ACAAUUAAACUGAGAGAGAGAGAGAGAGAGUGAAACCAUUAGGAUUGUAUUCAUCAGAAAUCAGGUCAACUGUUCAAUUAUAAUUCGAUAGAAUUGUUGAUUUCUCCCUCAUCUCCAUCAUCUCAUAAUUUUAGACAACGAAAGGUAAACCCAAGUACCAAGUGAGAGGUGGAACCCGAAACUGGUUUAGUUAACAGUCUAACCCACACAUUCACUGAAAUUCACUUGAUGAUCAACAAUUAAUUUGGUGAAAAAAUUUAAAGUUAUGGUUGAGACAAUUAAGGAUUUUUACAGAGAUCAGUGUAUCUUAGUGACCGGUGCCUCUGGAUUUUUGGGUAAAGUUUUAAUUGAAAAGUUACUUCGUGAUUGUCCAACUCUUGGUACAAUUUAUGUUCUACUUCGAGCUCGAGGUGGUCAAUUACCACAAUCCCGUUUACGUGAAUUACUUGAAUCUCAAAUAUUUGAUUCAAUUCGUAGUGUCAAUCCUUCAAUCUUAACCAAAGUCAAAUCAAUCUCAGGUGAUAUUACCUUUGAAGGUCUUGGUCUUAAUUACAAUGAUUUAAGUGAAUUAAAGGAAAACGUUUCCAUUGUGAUACAUUCAGCAGCAACAAUUAGAUUUGAUGAACCAAUUAAGAGAGCCAUUCAAAUCAAUGUCACUGGAACCAACCGAGUUUUACAUUUGUGCCAUCAAUUAAAAAAUCUUAAGGCCUUGGUUCAUGUAUCUACAGCCUAUUGUAACAUUGAGAAACAUGGAAUCCAGGAGAUCGUUUAUCCAGAACCAAUUCCAGUUUCUAAAGUGAUUCAAGCUUCUGAGUGGAUGGACGAUGAUUUACUGAGCAACAUUGCUGACCAAUUGUACAAUGGACGACCAAGUAGUUACCAUUAUACUAAAGCUUUGGCUGAAAAUUUGUUACAUCAAGAAGGAAACGUUUUACCAAUCGCCAUAGUGCGACCUUCAAUUAUCACCGCUUCUUGGAAAGACCCGAUUCCAGGGUGGAUUGAUAAUUACAAUGGACCCUCCGGGUUCCUUGUCUCCUCUGGUAAAGGUGUACUUCGUACCAUGCACGUUCAUGGUGAAAAAAUUUGUGAUAUGAUUCCGGUUGAUAUUGUUGCCAAUACAUUGAUUGUCUCUGCUUGGUAUGUUUCAACCAAAGCAAAUGAAAGUCCAACGGUGAUUAACUGUACAUCAGGAUCAAUUAAUCCAAUCACUUGGAAUACCUUUCAAAAUCUUUCACAUAAUCUACUGAUUAAACAUCCAUCUAAUCAGUUAUUCCGUUAUCCUGGAGCUUCAUUUCACUCCAACAGGCUUGUCCAUACAUUUUUCCUUCUCCUUGAACAUUAUAUUCCCGCCUUUGUUGUUGACCUUCUAUUCAAAUUUACUGGACAUAAACCAAUUUUAAAUCAAGUUUAUCAGAAAGUUCAUCGAGCCAUGAAUGCAUUGGAAUAUUUCACUACCAAUGAGUGGACAUUUAGAAAUGAAAAUUUUGUCAACUUAAUGAAAUCAUUGGAACCUGAUGAUUUUACCAAAUUCAGCCUCGAUGUUGGAUCAAUUAAUUGGUGUGAUUACAUUGAGAAUUACAUUCUCGGUGUUAGAAAGUAUCUUUUAAAAGAGGAUCCAGCAACAUUGCCUAAGGCAAGAAAAAACAUCAAAAGACUUUACCUGAUCACACAGAUGAUUAAAGUUGGAUUUCUGUUCACGGUGACUUACCAAUCGCUCCACAAGCAAUCAAGCCUCCAUAGGAGUCUAGAUGUUGUUCGUAAAUUAAGCCUUCGAAUCAACAACAAACCACAAUUAAUUUAAAUUAACCUGUAAUUUGUUUUGUUUGCUUUGCAAAUUUAUACAGUUUAUAAAACAAUUAACUCCAAUGGAAAACAGCAUCUCAAGCAAAGCUCACAAUUAACAACAACAACAAUAUAUCAUUUUCACUUCGCCAAAAGUUUUUCCCAUUUGCCUUUGAUAAAAUUACAAUUACAAUUAAUAAAAAUGUUUUAAUCAUCAUCACAA